CUGGAAUUCGUAUUAUUUUUAAUGUACCAUCGGAAUCAUCAUUUGAACUAGUGGAAAAGGCGCGAGGUCAAACUAGCAUAUAUUCACAACCUCACGCACAGUUACAUUGCGUGAUUUUGAGCGAUUUUAUGUGA